AUGCGGUCCGCCUUUCUGAGCGUGCUUUUGGCAGUGUUGCUGGGAACGCUGGUCUCCGCCUCUUGGUCAUUGCAUGACUAUGGUCUUCUGCUUGGGCGAGGUCUAGCUCAGCGGGCAGACACAACCACAGCCGACUCUUCCUCCUCCUCCUCCUCCUCCACCACUGCCUCUGCCUCAUCGUCUUCCGAUACCUCCUCUGUAUCUUCAACAACCGGCACCAACAGCGAUUCCACAACAGCGAGCGAUGCAACCUCCACGGGAACCAAAACCAAGACUUCAACCAAGAGCAAAACAACCACAACAAGCUCGAUCUCUAUCAAUCCAGCUGCAGGUGCAGGCGGUAUUUCGAUGAUCACACCGGCCGCCACAUCAACCACCUAUUUCAAGAUCGGCUAUAACGCGACCUUUGUGUGGAACUACACCUCGCUCUCGGUGACCCCGUCCGCCGUCGAUGUUGUUGCCUCGUGCAGCUUGAACAGCCAGACAUACACCCUCACUCAGAACAUGAGUGUGGACCCCACUGGCACCAUGAUCUGGGACACCGGUGCCUUCCAGUCGUCCCAAACUGUGGAGCUGCUGACAGCGACCUACACUCUGUUCGUUUACGAUGCAGACAAGUCUUUGGAUGACACAGCCAGUGCUGGCUAUUUGAGUGGAUCGGUCGGAUACAGCUUUGGCAUGUAUCGCCGUGAAUCCUACACGCCCCUGAACGAAUUUAAAUGUGCCACCUGCAGUGGUGCUAUUUCCGACAUCCAGCGCCAAGGUCUGAAGUUUGCUGUCGGCAUGGCCAUCAUCACAAUCGUCUCCUUUACCUGGUUUGCCAGUGGUGCGGGCCUCCUAGGCUAG